AGUCCUACGGCAUCUCUUGAUUAAAACAUAAAUCAAUGCUAUAUUGAUGGAAAGAGGCUGUGAAACGAAGUGGAACUCAUGAUCAAUGGAACAGCAUAGAUCGUGAGACACAUGAAUGGUUCAUCGAAGCAAGACAGGAUUUGGAACAGGUGACAACCAGAACUUUACAGCAAUGUGCGAUGAAUGCUGCUGUUCCACUUUUAUUGGAUACCUUUAAUUUCCUGGCCAGCUCAGCUUGGGUUGAACAAUUUAAACAAAAGCAUAAAAUCCGGCAAUGGAAGAUUACAAAGUUCAUCAGUUCCAAAGAAGGUGCAACUAUGGAAGAAGUAUUAAUAGCUGCAGAAGAAUUCCGCACACAAAUGAACCACAGUCCACCAUCUAAAAACUGAUCCUGACCUUAUAAUACCUGCUGACAAAGGCUCCACCACCGUUGUUUUGAACUGCAAGGAUUACACAGCAGAAGUAUUCUGUCAGCUGUCAGAUACUUCCACCUACAAACCAUGCCACAGUGAUCCCAUUUCAGUAAUACAGCAGUCACUACUCAAAUCCUUAGGCCCAUCCCAGAACCUCUCCCCAGAGUCCAUCUCUCUACUUACCUCUACUACUCCCCACACUCCCACCUUCUACAUGUUUCCUAAAGUCAUAAACCCAACCACCAAGGACACCUCAUUGUGGCAGGUUACUGUGACCCCACUGAGAGAAUCUCUGCUCUCAUAGACCAACACCUUCAACCUAUUACCCAGAACGUAUCCUCCUAUGUAAAAGAUACCAACCAUUUCCUCGACCGACUCUCCACAGUUCCUGUCCCUUUAACACACGGUUCCCUGCUCGUCACUAUUGAUGUCACCUCCCUGUACACCAACAUUCCUAAUGCCCAUGGCCUUAAUGCUGUCUAAACUACCUUUCCAGAUGCCCUAUGGAUUCCAAAUCAACAACCUCCUUCCUGGUCUCCAUGACCAACUAUAUCCUCACCCACAAUUACUUCUCCUUUGAAGGCAUUACCUACAAACAAAUCCGCAGUACGGCUAUGGGCACCCAUAUGACACCAUCCUGUGCUAACCUAUUCAUGGGCCAUCUAGAGGAAUCCUUCCUAAAAACCCAGAAUCCCAAACCCCUCACCUGGUUCAAAUUCACUGAUGACAUCUUUGCUAUCUGGAUUGAAGGUGAAGACACCAUAUUCACAUUCCUCCAGCACCUCAACAACUUCUCCCCCAUUUGCUUCACCUGGUGCUACUCAACCCAACAAGCCACCUUCCUAAAUGUUGACCUUCACCUCAGAGAUGGCUACAUCAGUACCUCCGUCCAUAUCAAACCUACUAACCACCAGCAAUACCCCCACUUCGACAGCUCCCACCCAUUCCAUACCAAGAAGUCCCUUCCGUACAGCCUAGGCACCCGUGGUCGUCGCAUCUGCAGUGACGAGCAGUCUCUCUCAAAAUAUACCGAGGGUCUCACUGAUGCCUUCACUGACCGUAAUUAUCCCCCCAUCCUUGUACAAAAACAAAUCUCCCAUGCCUUAUCUUUCCAGUCUCCCACCACCUCCCAAAGUCCCACAGUCCAGCCACAGAGGAGCAUUCCUCUCGUAACUCAGUACCAUCCGGGACUAGAGCAACUGAAUUACAUUCUCUGCCAAGGUUUCGAUUACCUCUCAUCAUGCCCUGAAAUGAGAAAUGUCGUGUCCACUAUCCUUCCCACCCAUCCUACCGUGGUAUUCCGCCGUCCACCGAACCUACACAAUACACUCGUCCAUUCUUACACAACACCUGCUCCCAAUCCCUUACCUCAUGGCUCAUACCCCUGUAAUAGACCUAGAUGCAAUACCUGUCCCAUAAGUCCUACUACCACCACCUGCUCCAGUCCGGUCACUAACAUCACCUAUCCCAUAAAAGGCAGGGCUACCUGUGAAACCAGUCAUGUGAUUUACAAGCUAAGCUGCAACCACUGUGCUGCAUUCUGUGUAGGCAUGACAACCAACAAGCUGUCUGUCCGCAUUAACAGCCACCGACAAACUGUGGCCAAGAAACAAGUGGACCACCCUGUUGCUGAACACGCUGCCAAACAUGACAUCCCUCAUCUUAAUGACUGCUUCACAGCCUGUCCUCACCCAUCCAGACCCCUCCCUGUUCCCAUUCCAGCACUACACAGCCAUCAUUUCACUGCCACACCCAGUCUUUUAAUUUCUUUUAUUUUUCUCCUUUCCACUACUUACCGUCUCCCCCCUCUGCAGCUUCUAUCCUGCCCUCCAUCUAAACUGCAACAUUUGACCGUCUGCCUCCCCCACCAUACUAUCCCGCCCCAGCCUCCUCCUUACCCUCACCCAGUCGCCACUCCCAUCACUGCUGCUCGCAGUGUGGUUUAAGUUGCCUGAGACUGCAGUUGUGUGUGCAAGCUGCAUUUGUGUGUGUGUGUGUGUGCAUGCAUGUGUGUGUGUCUGUUGCUGACAAAGGCCUUAAUGGCCGAAAGCUUUAGUUGUGUGAAUCUUUUUAUUGUGCCUAUCGCGACUCAGCAUCUCCGCUAUAUGGUGAUGUGCAACUUUCCUUCUCUGGUAUUGUCACAAAUGAAUAUACUUAUUGGUAAUUUUAACUUCAAUUUCAUAAUCAACACUGAUCAAACAGACUGUCAAUAUCAGUCAACGUAUGAUAGACCCCUCUUGGAGAAAGGGGCGAGAACUGUUCUCGUGCAGAGAAAAGAUUUAAACAAGAUAAGUCAUUUGUACACAGCACAGUACACUCUAACUGCAUCAGAAAGGGUGGUCCCAUAUGGUUUUUUUUUGUAUGCAGCAACAGUCAGGAAAAUUUGGCCCUAAUGUUCAGAAAAAGAGUGCAUGAAUCAACCCUCAAAUUUAAAAACUUUGUUGUGUCCUGCACAAAAUCAAGGAAGUUCACAAAACUGGUGUAUGAAGACUUUUUAAAAUCUGUGAUUCUUCCAUACAUGGGACAGGGAAAAUUUCUAUAUAUUAUUGAUACAUGGGGAGGGCAGACUGAUCUGACUGUAUAUGAUCACAUCUUCAUGGAUGAGAGGAAAAUGUGCACCUGCAACGUAAAAGUUAUUUCACCAAAGUGUAUUCCACUUUGCCAGCCUUCUGACAUAAAUUUUUACCAUCAAGGUAAAAUUUCCAUGAAGGAAAUUAAGAAUGCUCCCAAUUUCUUGAAGACCAAAAGAGCAAUCACAUCCAGGGACGAUUCCAUAACACUACACUCAAUUUUGCAUCAACUCAGGGCACCUGCUUUUUUGAAUAUGAUCAAAUAUACAUGGUUUGCAUCAAAGUUAGCAGAUGAAAGAGAAACCUUGUUGAAUGUAAAUAAACAACAUUUUCCGGUAUCACUCUUCAAAACUCGGUGAGGCUGCAAGACAAUAGCUUUUAUGAAAUGUGCUUGGUGCUGUGAAACGUUGAGUUUCAGUUGCUUUUACAGCAAAUGUCAUUCGGAUUUCUGUUGUGGCAUAGCAAGUGAUGCAGGUGAUAGCAAGUAUGAUUUUGUAAUAAUGACAUGAAAAU